UCCCCACGCAGACAAGCAAAGGUAAGAGAGCUCUACAAAUCAACCAUGUACUGGACAAAACCACUUAGCGAUUUGAUACUGACGGUAGACAGCAUUACCCUAAUGAUUGGCCUCCCUGCCAACCUGCUGACUCUCUACACCUUUGUUCGGAGGAUAAAACAACAAGCUAUGCCCCUUGAUGUGAUCCUGCUUAGCCUCACCAUCUCGGACCUGCUCACCCUCAUCUUCCUCCCAAUCCGCAUGAAAGAGGCGGCUGACAUGAAAUGGACCUUGAGUUAUUUCCUGUGUCCUCUGAAGAGAUAUGUCAUGUACACCACCAUCUAUACCAGCACCUUACUUUUAACAGCUAUUAGUGUGGAGCGCUAUCUGGGAGUGGCCUUUCCCAUUAAGUACAAACAAAAACAAAAUCUCCGGAGUGCCACGGUGGCUGCUGUCUUAUUUUGGGUGGUAACCAUGGCCCAUUGUAGCUUUGUCUACAUUGUGCAGCAGUAUGAAAAGAACAAUAAUGACACCCAUGCUGUGCUAUUGUCCAGGAACUCUUGCUACACGAUGUUUAAUGAUAAGCAGUUGAAGAUCAUUUUGCCGUUCCGCCUAGAGUUGUUCAUUGUGCUUUUCUGCAUACCUUUUAUCAUCUGCAGCUUUUGCUAUAUCAGAUUAAUUCUUAUCCUUUCCCGGUUACCUAACUUCAACCCUAAGAAGCGCUGCAGGGCCAUUGGGCUUGCCCUAGUCACGUUCCUGGUCUUCAUCAUUUGCUUCCUGCCUUUUAAUGUGUCUCAUCUGGUGGGUUUUAUUAAAUGGCAUAGCCCCAGCUGGACAGUGUACACUUUGCUACCCAUCACGUUCAAUGCCUGCUUGGAUCCCUUCAUCUUUUAUUUUUCCUCUUCAGCGCUCCGAGAGACUUUUAGUCAAAUCUUAGGGGGACUCGUCAACAGGCUUAAAGUAUCCAGCUUCGGGAGAUUGUUCAAAUGCUCUACAGUUGAGAAGGGAUUACAAAAUUCCAGGGACAGUGUUCAAUUGACUUUCUGA